AUGGAAGGGGUUGAAGAUGAUGAAUACACAAAUAUUGAUAAGCCAAAUAUGCGUGGAGAGUAUAAUAGUACGUGGAAUCGAAUUAUUGGGGCCGUAUUUAGUCUCAGUUUUUCGUUUAGUGUGGAGUUGAUCAUUCUCAUGAUGUGCGAGCUUAUUGAUGUAUUUGACGAACGGGCGAGGUUGUUUUGCUUUAAAUUCAUUAUCACUUCGUUGGUAUUUCUCUUGACGUGCAUCCAACCGUUCAUGAUGAUAAGUUUAUUCCUCAACGAGGAGCUCAUUCCUGUAACACAGAGUAACUUGAAGCGUACAUAUACGGUGGUGGCAUAUUUGGGGUGGUUUUUUAUACUUCACAAGUGUGGUGACCUUUCGCAGGCAUUCACUCCGGACAAGAGUAGCUUGGGGGCAAAGACGUUGAUAGAAAGGAAAAUCAACGAAAUUUCUAUUGCAGGAAUCACAACAAUGGCCAUACUAUCAGGUGUGGGUUCCACGUCUACGCCGUUUAAGGUAUUCUCUAUUAAACAAAUGCGUUCAUAUUUUAAGAACGAUGGCCUUUAUACCACCAAUAAAGGUAGGGUAAAUGAGGCAGAUAUUAAUAACUUAAUCCAGUCAUAUAACCAUACUACUUCUUUGAUAAACAAGAGAAAGAAGGAGUUGAAUAAAUUACAAGUUGCAAAUGGUGGUACGGUCUAUAAUCUACCAAAUACUUCAUCUGAUAACUUCCUCCUGUAUAACAGUCACAAAAUUAGCGACCUUGGUGGGUCCCCCAAAAAGAAUAAAUUAGGAGGGUUACUUAAUAAAGUGCAGUCAUUUGCUAGUUUAUCGAGUCUCUCGUUAGACAGGGAAAAGCUGGAAGAAAAAGAGUUGCGAAAUGAGAUUGAUUCUAUGAUAUCCUUGAGACAACACAUUUAUAAUGACCUAGUUAAAACACUUUUUAAGUUUUCAUACGAAAGAGAUCAAUUACAAAAUAAGAAUAAACUAUGGGUUAAAGCAAUGAAUAUAUUUAAUGUUGCAUUUGCCUUAUACUGCGUUUAUCGGAUAAUUAAUGUUUUCAUAAUCAAGCAGGUUAUAUUAUUUUUGAAAACUCCAAAUCAAGACGAGUCCGGAAUUAUUAAUGACUACAAUGACGAAGCUGUUACCAACACUGAUGCGUUAGCUAUUACAAUUUCCAAAUUAAUUCUAUCAACAACGCAAUUGUCGAUGCAAGAGACUCAGUUGGUUAACCAGAUCAGUUUAAUAUUGUCAGGAAGUUUAUUCAUUUGCUCGUUUUCGAAUGUCUUGAAGACAUUUCAGUCCUUCACCAAAUUUUUUCCGUCAAUUACCAAAAUUUCUGCCACAACCAAAGAUUGGUUGAAAAACUUAGUUAUCACAGAGUUACUAGGUAUUUAUGUAAUUUCCACGGCAAUCCUAAUCAGGACCAAUUUGCCAACAAAUUUGUCUAACCAAAUUUCAAAAAUACUUUCACUAACAGGAACUUCGUCGUCAAAUGCUUUGCUAACCUCCGCAAAAGAAGUCCAAUUUAUAGACGACUGGUUUGAUAAGAUAUUUGGCAUAGCAUGUGCUUCCACUUUAACUGUCUUUGUCAUAAAACUAUUUUUAGAUGAUGAAGCGGAUGAUAUAUAUGACGAAGAGAUGAUGCUAGAAGAUAAUGCCACUUCUUCUUCUUCUUCUUACAAAACUGCAUAG